AUGCUCGCCCAACGUGGAUGGCUGUUGAAUUGGGACAAGACAAAUUUCAUCAGCGAGGAAGCAUCUCUUCUAGGUCACGCCGUUCGUCGUGGAGUAUCAGCCAGCAAGAAGCACAAGCUGACGACGCAACAACUUCCAGAGCCAAAGUCUAUUGAUGACGUUGUGGGCUUCAGAUGUAUGGGGCAAUGGUUAAGCAAGUUUUAUCCAUAUUUCGGAGAGAUCAUCCUUCCGCUGAAUCGCUACAGCAAGAAAGGCGUUUCGUUUGAAAGCGAUUUUCUCAAAGACGACAACGGCAGGAAGGCAAUAGACAUGUUGCGCAAGAACAUCACAGAGAUCGAGCUUUCUCCGCCUCGUAACAAUUGGAAGUGGCACAUCUUACGCGACUCUUCUGACGUUUGCGCCGCGUAUACGUAUUGGUUGAUCCAGACGGAUCCUGAGGGACAUCAGAAACCAAUCAUUAU